CGUUUUGUUCUGCAACUCAUUUGCUUACUGCUAGCCAGGCUUCUUUCGUGGCUUCAUGAGUGAUUUCAAAUCAUUUGUCCUUGGCAUAGUCCUUUACAAUGGAUCAAAGUACUGCUAUGUCAAAGCUUUUCUUCACAGUGUCAGAUAAAACAGACGGAUCCAAGUAUUUAUGUUAUAUUCACGACUGCGCAGGUGAUUUAAAUAUAGGAGUGACAGAUGCAGAAGAUGUAUGGAAAACAAGAAUAACUGAUGAGAUAAAGGCCCAACUUCUGAAAUACUACUCCUUGAAAUCAAUAGAAGACUGCCUUAUGAAAUUGAGAUCGUCAUGUGGUAAAGGAAAGGCCUCUGUGUCAGUGGAGGAGGAGCAGGUGAUCCUCCAUCUUGGGCCUUCACCAAUAGACUUGACCAUGACCCUGUCCAAACUCUGUGAGGUUGACGGAAAAGUUGAGCUGAAGGAGCUUCUGUUUAGGAUGGCUGACAACUUGAGUCAUUGGCAGGGCGCUGAAGGACCUCAGACAUUGCACAGCCCUGGGAAGAACUCUCACAAGAGAGAUAAUGAGUUUGCACCUCGAAAACAGAGCAGUAAUGGCCCUUCUGUAGGGUCCCGCAAGCGCUUUCCAGGAGACUCUUUGAUCAACCCAGGAACGAGAAGCAAGCGACCUGCAACUGGUGUGGCUUUUGAUGACGACGGUGAUGAAGUAUAAUGAUGGAGAUGGGGAUUAUGAGGAUGAUGCUCAAAUUGAGCUUUUAAUCUAACAUGUCUGGCUUUUGAAGCAGUCUCCCACUUUAACCAUUGUAAAGCUGCAGUGAACUCUCAUGAAUGUUCUUUUAAACUCAACUCAACACUAUAUACUGAAAGGUUUUUAAACAUCUAUUUUUAUCACUUUGGAAAAUGACUGCUUCUAAAAUACCCAGUUAUGAUGAUGCCUUAUCUAUUAUUGAAUAUCUAUUUGCUUUUACAUUACUUAUGAAAAUGUGUUAUACCUCAAAUAAAUAUGAA